AUGUUGGAUCUGGUCUUCGUUACUCUUAUCUCUACUACGCUAGCAACCCAACUCGGGACUAUUCAGAUGACAGUAGGAGAUUGCAAGACCAAUGCAUCUUCAGUCGCAGACCUGCUGGUAGGCAAACUGCCGCCGAGCGCUUCCAUCGAGGAAAUUGCAUACGUUGAGACAGGCGACACAUAUGGAGAAGGGCGCAGGAAUCUGAUGUAUCCAAUUCAACCGACAAACCUACCCGAGUUGUGUGCUGUGACAAUAUACGUUCCCACGUCCUCAACAUCGGCCUACAGGUUCGGCAUUUUCCUACCUGUGAAUUGGAACUCUAGAUUUCUUACCGUUGGCAACGGAGGCUUCGGUGGUGGUAUCAACUGGCUUGACAUGGGAGCGUACGUCAAAUAUGGCUUUGCAGUAGUCUCUACUGAUACUGGGCAUAACUCAACCACUGGAGAUGGAUCGUGGGCCUUCAAGAACCCUGAAAAGAGAACUGAUUGGGGUUGGCGCGCAAUGCAUGGGACAGUUGACAUCUCCAAGCAGAUUGUCGAAGCGUACUACGGUGUCAACAUCAAGUAUUCCUAUUACAAUGGAUGCUCCACUGGAGGCAGACAAGGUUUGCGCCAAGUUCAAAUUGACCCAGAUAGCUUUGACGGGGUAAUUAUUGGAGCACCUGGGUGGUAUACCACGAAUUUGAAUACUUGGUUUACCAAAGCUGGCAUAUACAACCUGCCUGAAACGGAUCCCAAGCAUAUUCCCUUCAACCUCUUCUCCACCAUGGCAGACUUGGUGAUCAGGCAAUGCGACAUGCUGGAUGGCGUCUAUGAUGGAAUCGUCAGUCUUCCGGAUGCAUGUGUACCUGACUGGACAGAGAUAUUAUGCAGCAACCCUGACGCUGAUCCAUCUGCCUGCCUGACGGAAGCACAAGCUUCAACUCCACCUAACGUGUACGGUGAUUUCGUUUCUUCGUCCGGGGAGCUUAUUCAUCCAGGGUUGUCUCCAGGCUGCGAGGGCCAGUGGUUCGCCGUUUUGAACUUUACCAACACAAGUCCUUUCGGCUUCAACUACAUUCGGUUCUUCUUGCUAGACAAUAUUUUCUGGAACUACACUUAUUGGGAUGACAGCUUGGUCACAUACGCCCAGUUGACUGACCCUGGUCAGUCAACUGCCAAUGACUAUAACCUCACCACUUUCAAAGACCUUGGUCACAAAAUGCUCAUGUACCAUGGCCUCGCGGAUGGACUCAUCCCCCCUCGUGGAUCAGACCUCUACUAUAGGAAUACCUUAGCGACGAUGGGCGAGAACCUUUCGUCAGUCAGUGAAUGGUUUCGUUACUUUCAAGUGCCAGGGAUGCAGCAUUGCUGGUCCACGGCUACUAGCCCCAACUCGCCUUGGUAUUUCGGCGCUGAAUUCCAAGCAGCUCAGAUGGGGACAGAUAUCUGGUCUGUCCCCGGCUUCGAGGACAAGGACCACGACAUCCUCUUAGCCUUGAUGGAUUGGGUAGAGAACGGAAAUCCCGUCAAUGCACUUGUCGCGACGGCCUGGAAUGAUGUCUGGAACACUUCGUCGGGCGUGAAGAGUCAACGUCCAAUCUGUCCGUACCCGAACAUGGCUGUAUGGGAUGGUAUUGGGGAUAUAAAUCUGGCAGCAAGCUGGACUUGUGGGUACGUUUCCUCCGACGAUAGACGUUGGUAA